AUGACAGACUCAACAAUCGAAUCCGCCAAACGCGCAGCCGCUAUUCAAGCCGUCAGCGAGCACUUUGACCCCUCUGCAACCCACGUUGGCAUCGGGUCUGGCACUACCAUUGUCUACGUCGUCGAAGCCAUUAAAGAAGCAUCGACAAACCCACACAUACGCUUCGUUCCCACAGGCUACCAAUCGCGACAAGUCAUUGUGCAAGCUGGAUUGACGCCAAUUGCAUUCGAUUCGCUGUCGGAAGAUGUCAUGUUAGAUAUUGCAUUCGAUGGCGCGGAUGAGGUGGACGAGGAGUUGAAUUGUAUAAAGGGCGGUGGCGCAUGCUUGUUUCAGGAGAAGUUGGUUGCGGAGAGAGCGAGGAAGUUCGUCUGUGUUGCAGACUACCGUAAAAACCAAUCCCGCCUCCUAACAAACUGGCCCACUAUCCCAAUAGAAGUCGCCCCGAUUUCCGUUCCCACUGUCCUCCACUCCCUCCGCGCCCUGGGCUCCCCGAACCCCAAACUCCGCACCACCCUCCUCGCAAAAUCUGGCCCGCUAAAAACCGACCAAGACUUCUUCAUCAUUGACGCACCCUUCUCAACCCUCCUGACCACGAGCGACGUCUCCUCGGGUAAAGGAAAAGGCGACGGCAGUGACAAGACAUGGGAGGUGAACAAGCUAAGCCGGGCCAUUAAGGAGUUGACGGGUGUGCUAGAGGUGGGGAUUUUCUCGGGGCUGAAUGGGACUCAAGCAGAAGCGCUGAGGAGUCAGGAUAAGGUUAAUAUGAAUACUAUUACUGGCGGGCAGAAACCGGUGGCGGUGUAUUUUGGGAUGCAGGAUGGGAGCGUGCAGGUGAGGACUGCGGAGGCAUCGUGA